GCACGCGAAGCUGAAGAUUUCGCCCGCCGCAGUUGAUGGAGGGAGUCGGCGCCAGAUUCGGUCGGACGUCGUCUCGGUACGGCCCGACGACGGUGUUCACGGGUCGGGUCCGGAAAUGGAGGAAGAAGUGGAUCCACGUGAAGCCGCCGAGCUCCGGCAGCAGCAACCUCCACCACCACCACCGUGCACAUGCUAACAGCGAACUUAACGACAUUAACGGCUCUCGCCUCUUGCUUCUCAAGUGGACGCCGAUCACUCCGAGCCAGAAUAACAGCAACGGCGCCGGCGACGCCGAUAAGAAUGGCAACUCCAAGAGCUCUGCCAAAGACGACGUCGUUGCAGACGAGCUGCCCAAGCGGAAAUUUAAGUAUAUUCCGAUUUUUUUGCUUGAAGAGCAAAAUAAUGAGUCCUUAGAAAUGGCCGAGGAUGAAGCCAAACCAAUUGAAACUGAAAUGGAUGCAGAGAAGACCACCCCAACUGAUGGUUUGGAUGAAAAACCAGACAUCAAUGAUGCCCCGAUGGAGAAAAACCAGGCGGGCACAGCACGCCAUGAUCUAAACGAAAGCACAUUGGAUUUGAGUUUGGGUUUGAAAGCUCACGAUGGUGAAGCUGAUCCCGAUUCAAAAACAAAUCAGACUAAGGGAGGCCAUUCAAGCACAGUGAACUCCAACCGGUCGUGAUGAUCUUUCCACAAUCUACACACAUUGACAUCAAAUCGCUGCACUCCAUAAAGGCAAGCUCCUUCCGUUUGGCCUUGUAUUAUAUACUCACGCUGCUCAUUCUCAGUCGAUGUGUGAGUUUCAUGUUGAGGGAAUUGUAAUUUGUAUAGUGUAUCAAGAAGUAGAAACACUAAUUUGUUACCCCAUUUACUGAGACUAUUUUUUCCAGUCUGUAACAGGAAACUUCAGAAGAUGAAAUGUUAUUCAUAUAAUCAUAUUGGACUUCUGUAUCAUUGUAAUUUGUAAUGUACUCCGUAAUAUAUAUCAUUGUGUCCUUAGUACCUAUUGAUACUUU